UAAAAUGAAUAAUGAUCAAUCAUUAGAAGACAUUGAUUAAUUUAUUCAUUCUUAUGCACCUCAACAAUCUAUCCCAAAUAUUCUUUCGCAAGCCAUCACGUAAGAUCAACUUCUGGUCCAAAACGUAAGGUUGAUACAGCAAUUGCAUGAACAACAAUCGAUUUUGAAUCUUUAAAGUUUGAUGUUCCUCAAUCCUAUGGUGCAAACAUAAGUGAACCACGAAAGUAAAAAGAUAAAAAAAACAAAUAAAAGCAUCUAAGUGAUUCCCUCUACGACAAAUGUAAAGGAAAAUGCAUAGCAUCUCUUAGAAAUUAAAGGAAAUGUCAAAAAUGCUUACAUAAAGAAAAUAACUUCAUUAUUAAGUGUAAAAGGUGACAAGUUGCUUGAUGAUGACUUUCAUGAGGAUCUGGAAAUUGAGAGUUGUUCCGACCUCCAGAAGUAGGAUAAGUUGAGUGGACUGUUGAACUCUAACAAUGACUAAACUCAAGUGAAACAAAAAGGAAGGUAAAGUGCCAAAAUGUCAAGACUUCGUAAAAAAGUGUAUCUCAAACUUUUGGAGAAAAAGGUAAUUUAUGUAUCUAAGUAAGGUUUCAGAUCUAGAUUAGCAGAUAUCGGAAUACAAGAAAACAACUCGACAAUCCUUCGAAUAUUUGACUCAAAUCUUACAAUCGCAUCCCAUCCUAAAUAGUAUGAUAAUCGGGAAUUCGGCGGCAAUUGAUUAGGUAAUGGAAUGCUCAUCUCCGGAGUAAGCCCAAUUGAUCCUCGACUCCUAUAUUGUAAGCAUCCCAAUAAAUGUAGAUGAGAUAUGGCAUAUGCGGAAUCAAGAGAAGGGAUUACUUCAAAUAUGCCGUCAAAAAUAUACAGAAAAACUUUUUGAAGGGGAACUAUGGUCUGUUGCUAAUGAGUUGGAAUAAUCGAGUGCAUAAUUGUAAGAGACUGUUGACUUAUGUGUAGAUGAUCAAGAGUUUAAUCAGUAUGUAGAAAUAGUGAAGGAAGAGGCCAAGUUGGAAGACGACAAUCAAGUGUAUAAGAUACUGCCUACAGUUGAUAGGAUGCUAAAUCAUCGAAAAUUGUCCUAAUAGUACACUCAACAGUUUUAAUCAUAGGCUAUUGUUGAAAUUCAAUUAAGACAUCAGAAAUUUGAGGUCUCUCCAACAAGAAGUAGAAGAAACAGUAAAUUAAUUUACUUAAAGCUUAAGUCCCACUCAGCAUUUAGAUUUCAUCAAGUUAAUAGAGAAAUAAGGAAGUUUUAAUAGAUAUACCAAAUGA